AUGGUACAAGAACMCAGGACCUGCUCAGCCCAGGAUGACCCCUCCUCAGAGCUGCAGACAGGAGCCAGUCUGGAUGGCGGGGAGCAGAGCGGUGACCCCGCUUUCCAGGGCCAGGGAGCCUUGGCCAGCUUUUGCUUUGUCCCUGCKCCAUGGACAGCUCCUCCUCCUCUCUCCCUGUCCAGGAUAGUCCGGCUGGUGCUGGUGCUGCGGGGCUGGGCCAACAAGAGCCUGCACGAGGAGCAGCAGAGUCCAGACCCCUUCCUGGAGCGUUUCCAAGGCCCUGAGCUCCUGGCAGUGCCUGCAGGUGCUGGUGGUGGACUGGAGGAUGAGGAGACAGAGCAGUUACACAAAAGGAGGAAAUGGCUGUUCUUUGUGGUGGACCCUGCAGGGGACUGGUAUUACCACUGGCUGGCUGUGAUAGCAGUUCCUGUCCUCUAUAACUGGUGCUUGCUCGUGGCCAGGGCUUGCUUCACUGACCUGCAAAARGCCUAUUUUAUCCUGUGGCUGGUGCUAGAUUACAUCUCAGAUGCUCUCUACCUCGGGGACACGGUGAUCCGCCUGCACACAGGAUUCCUAGAACAGGGCCUUCUGGUUAAGGACCUGAAGAAGCUGCAGGAUAACUACAUCCACACCCUGCAGUUCAAGCUGGACGUUCUCUCCAUCCUGCCCACAGACCUGGCCUAUUUUGGGGUGGGAUUGCACUGCCCUGAGCUGCGUUUCAACAGGCUGCUGCGCUUCUCCCGCAUGUUCGAGUUCUUCGACAGGACCGAGACCAGAACCAGCCACCCCAACAUCUUCCGCAUYGGCAACCUGGUGCUUUACAUCCUGGUCAUCAUCCACUGGAACGCCUGCAUUUAUUACGCCAUCUCCAAGGCCAUAGGCUUCGGGGAGGACAGCUGGGUCUACCCCAACGUCACCGACCCCGAGUAUGGCUAUCUGACCCGGGAGUACGUCUACUGCCUUUACUGGUCCACGCUGACUCUGACCACCAUYGGGGAGACCCCUCCCCCCGUGCGGGAUGAAGAGUACCUCUUCGUCAUCUUCGAUUUCCUCGUCGGCGUCCUCAUCUUUGCCACCAUCGUGGGGAAYGUGGGAUCCAUGAUAUCCAACAUGAACACCAGCAGGGCGGAGUUCCAGGCCAAAAUCGACUCCAUCAAACACUACAUGCAGUUCCRCAAGGUGAGCAAAGAGCUGGAAACCAAAGUCAUCAAGUGGUUUGACUACCUGUGGGCCAGCAAGAAGGCGGUGGACGAACGGGAAGUUCUCAAGAAUCUCCCUGACAAGUUAAGGGCAGAGAUUGCCAUCAACGUUCACCUGGAGACGCUGAAGAAGGUGAGGAUUUUCCAGAACUGCGAGGCAGGGUUGCUGGUGGAACUGGUGCUGAAGCUUCGCCUCCAGGUGUUCAGCCCAGGGGAUUACGUGUGCCGGAAAGGGGACAUCGGGAAGGAGAUGUACAUCAUCAAGGAGGGCAAGCUGGCCGUGGUGGCYGAUGAUGGAGUGACACAGUACGCUUUGCUCACCGCAGGGGGCUGCUUUGGCGAGAUCAGCAUCCUCAACAUCAAAGGGAGCAAAAUGGGCAACCGGCGCACAGCCAACAUCCGCAGCUUGGGCUACUCUGAUCUCUUCUGCCUGUCCAAGGAAGACCUCAUGGAAGCAGUCACGGAGUAUCCUGAUGCCAAAAGGAUCUUGGAGGAGCGUGGGCGCGAGAUCCUGAUCAAAGAAGGGCUGCUGGAUGAGUCAGCUGCAGAGGAAAGCAUGGAAGGGAAGAGCAUGGAGGAGAGGCUGGACAGGGUGGCCUCGGACCUGGAUGCACUGCACACCCGCUUUGGCCGGCUCCUGGCAGAGCACAACGAUGCCCAGAUGAAGCUCAAGCAGCGAAUCACCGCUCUGGAGUCCAAGAUGGGGCACGAGGACCUGGAGGAUUCCUUCUCUGAUAGCUCAGACAGUCUGUUUGGUGGUGAGGAGAAAGCCUCACCCGGUGGGAUGCCAUGAGGGGGAACAGAGGUCAGCUGGGUGACGUCUGACCUUGUGCUGAGACAGUGUUUGCUGCUUCACAAGGCUGCCCCUGCACUGCUGCUGCCUCUGCCUUGAUGCAGCUCCAAAUCAGGGAAUUGUCCUGGCCCCUCCUCCAUCCUGCCCCUUUUCUCACUGCCUKUUGGGUUCAGCCUUUGUAACUCAGUCAGGUAACCAGUCCCCAGUGAGUGCCUGUGAACACCCAGUCUGCACCCAGAGACUCUUUCCUCACAAGAUCCCCAAACUCAGCUAAGACAGGCCAAACUGUGCCUGUGACUUCUGCAAGUGGAGAAGCUUGUCUGGAUCAUUGUCACUGCCCCGGUCACCACCCUUGCUGAGCUGGGCACUGAGCUGGUUGGGCACUGCUGCCUCCUGCCUGCCUGCCUCCCUUCUCUGCUGGGUUUGGUGCUGUCAGGGGCACCUGGUGCAGGUGCUUUGGGGUCAGGGUGGUCCCGUUUGGGCUGGGGAUGUCCUGGAUGCCAAGUGCAGUUCAGAGGUGCAGUGCUGGCAGUGCUACAAGCAGGAGUAAGACAGAGUCUCUCUCCUCUAUCUAAUGACAGCCAGAUGUGCCAGGAGAGCUUUGACUGAAAUGACAUGAUUUUAAGGAACAAAGCCAUGGCGGGAGCCAACUGUGCCCAUAUUUGCUUUGCUGUGGGUAGCUCAGAGAGAGCUCAGAACACAUUUAUUUUCUUAGGCAGGGGGUUUUCUUGUUCUCAGCAGCAGUUUUGGGGCUUUGCAGGCUGCAAAGCUCCCUGCCUUCUGGAGGAGAGAUGAGUGGCAGAGCCCCAGGGACACGUGUGAGGGUGGAAACGUGGCACCACUGCGAGUGCCAGCAAAGCUCUGCUGGGCUGUGCUGCAGCCCUGGGGGCUCCAUGAUGGGAGCAGCCUGGGGCGGAGUGGGACAGUGCAGGAAGAGCCCCCAAAUCCCUGCAAGUUGCAGUGUCACUGACUGAGGAUGAUGCCUCAAUUCUUGGUUCGGACCCAUGGGUUGGCACAUGGGUCCACUGCACCCAUGGAUUKGGCUUGGGCUGGUUUCCCAAGCAGGAGAACAUUUAGUGGAAAAGGGAAUUUAUGUUUUGGGUCAAAUUGAGCCAAGAGUUUGGCCUAAAAUGAUAGGUUGACACAUGGGGAAGUAUCAACCCAGAAAGGUUCAUAGUGGAAAACUGAGGAUAUUUCCUUUGUUCUUUCUUUGCCUUGAAAGUAAAACUGCCUCUGUGCAUUUCAUAUGAAUGUUUUCCAUUAAAAAAGAAUGGCCUUGCUUUUUGGGAUUGUAGGGGUAGGAACGGUUACAUUACCAACUUAAGAAU